GCCACACCAUCCCUUUGUCUCCUGGAACUCACCUCACAAACGACGCCUCGCUCCCUCUUUUCUUUAGCAGCGCAAAUACACCGGAAGGGAGUGCUGUUUUUCUCUUCCUCUCCGCCUCCUUCCGUCUGACAGUAGAGACCGGAAAUAAAGCUGCCCCUAGUUGCCGAGGUGCUUUCCCAGGCUUGCUGGCUGCUGCUGGCCGAGGAGGUCCCAAUUGAAGAGGAAGGACAGUGUUCACACAUCUGGCCAGGGGCUGAGGCAUUGGUCCCCCGCACUGCACCUGGUUUCAGGAGUCCACAAAAUAUGAGGGGCCACCCUUCCCUGCUGCUGCUCUACAUGGGGUUGGCCACCUGUCUGGACUCCUCUCCCAGUGGAGAGCAGGACCAAGGGCCUGAAGUCUUUCUUGGCCCCUCAGAGGCCCAGGGGUUCCUGAAGGGCCACAGGAGGGUCCCACGAGCCAAUCACUGGGACCUGGAGCUGUUCACACCAGGGAACCUGGAGCGGGAGUGCUACGAGGAACAGUGCUCCUGGGAAGAGGCCAGGGAGUGCUUCGAGGACAACACCCAGACGAAUACGUUUUGGGAGACCUACCUCUACAAUGGCAAAGGAGGGCAGAGACGAGUGGAUGGAGCAGCCUUGGCCGUGGGGCUCACGUCUGGCAUCAUGCUCAUCAUCUUGGCCGCCCUGGGAGCCUUCUGGUAUCUGCAUUAUCGGCAGCGCCAGACCUCAAGCCAGCAGCUGAGUCCCCAAGAAACCAACCUCAUCAGCCCUUUGAACCCUCCAACGCCCCUGGCUGCACCCCGACCCCCAGGCCUCCCGACCUAUGAGCAGGCACUGGCAGCCUCUGGGGUGCAUGACGCACCUCCACCCCCUUACUCAAGCCUCAGGAGGCCUCAGUGAAGAGCUGCUGCAGAGCCGGGGCUCCCCUGAACCGUGCCCCCGAUUCACAACGGAUUCCGGAAGUCCCCAGGCCUCUUAAAAGUCUCGAGCUGAGCUGGAGGUGGAGGGAGAUCAGGGGUCGUCCCCUAGAGGCCUACCCUGGCACACGUGUUUCCGCUGCAUACAGACACACACACCAAUGUGUUGUAGAGCUGGGGUAUCUCCCUCGCUUGCUCCCUGCCAACUGGCGGGGGGGGGGUGUCGGGCGGAAUACCGGCCAGUCCAGUCCUCAGAAUAGGUAUACGAGCCGGCGCCAGUGAAGACUUUGUGGCCAGACGUGACUUGACCAUCGCCCUCCGGUGCCACGGGGCACGUACGCGCGGAGAGCCCCGCCCGUGCACACGCCUGCUUUCCUCCAGCCCCCGUGCGCGCACAGGGGUGCUUCAUAACCCAGAAAAGGGUGGGGGGCGUAUUUGCAAGGGUGCUGGAGGGGGCAGGUGCUCAGGUUGCACCCAGGGAACCACAGUUGAGCUGUUCUAGAUAAAAACGUUUGGAAAGGAACUCCCUCAAAAAAGCCGAAACAAUGCAAAAACAAAUAAAAAUCUAAUGAACUAAA